UUUCCUGUCCAAUACGAAAAAAGUCGGAAUAAUGUUUAUUGUGUAUAUUUUAUAUUAAUUUUGAUAUUCAACUUUACAACUAUUCGGCAUUUUCAAACCAACAAAUUAAGUUGAUAUAAAAGUUAUAAAAUGUGGUUAAGUUUUUCCUAAACAUGUUCAUAAUAUUAUUAGUCAAGUGAACGUGUUUAUUGGAUUAUAAAAAUAGUGCAAUGAAUAAUAGUACAUAUUUUAGUGAGUUCCACUGCUCAAAAGAUGCACUUACAGAUACUUAUGGCUGGUUUAUGCAGUUUCUGCUUGCGGUUUUGGCGUUUACAUGCUUGAUCGGUAAAAGAUUUUGCGAGCCUCGCUAUGCCAGGAGACCAUGGCUUAUUUGGUUCUAUGACACCUCAAAACAAGGUCUGGGUGCUCUCAUCAUACAUGCAGCUAAUAUUUGGAUCUCUCCACACUUUGAAGGAAACACUUGUACUUGGUAUAUAGUUAACUUCAUGGUGGACUCUACACUAGGGCUACUCAUCAUAUGGGCGGGUAUACGGCUUGCUCAGUACUGCGCUAGACAUUAUGACAUCCCACUCAUCAACUUUGGGGAAUAUGGCAAACCCCCAAUGUGUUCAGCUUGGCUCUGCCAAUGCGUGCUGUACGCGGCGCUGGCGACAUUCGCCAAAUCGGCGCUAGCGUUAAUACUGCGGCUGCCGCGUGUGGCGCGCGCCCUGGCGACCUUGCCGCUGUCGCCUGUCUCCGAUCCCAAGUUGGAGCUGGCCGUAGUUAUGCUCAUCAUACCUUUCUUUGUUAAUAUUUUAAUUUUCUGGGUGACAGACAACUUCCUAAUGUAUCAUCCGAGAGGAGUUAGUUCGAAAUUAAAAUCGAAGCACUUACGAACGGAUGAAACUCUCCAGGUGAGAUACCAGUCGAUCAAGAAGGAAAAGUCAGCUUCUGAGGAAGAAGAGCACUCGGCCGACGAGCGGCUGCUGGGCGCCAGCGUAUGACCCUACCCCAAGCCCCGAGUGCUGCGGGCAUAACGCAAUCUCUCACCCCUUAUUCAUAAAACUUAUCAUACCUAGGUCUACUAAUCACUGAAUAUUUCUCAUUCAAUUUCAAAUAAAAAUAUAAUUUUCACCACACCAACUGGUAAAGGCUUCCUUUGCUAUUCGAAAACGGAUAGCAUCAAAAUUGCAUUUUAACUUGAUGUCUUAAGCUGGCUGGUAGAAUUUAUCUAAUAUCUAUAUUAAUGCUGAUUUUGAAUCACAAGUAUUGAAUAGAUUAAUUGAUUUGUUUUAGUUUGACGUUUUACAGUUAGUAUUUUGUUUGUGUUGGUGUGGUGAAAACUUUUGUGUUUAUCUCGGUGGCAAAGUUUGUUUAACCUUCGUGCCUUGAAACCCUCGCAACGCUCAAGAUUCCACAUUUUGA